UCAACUUCCGGUCUGCACCGGAUGUUUUGAAAUCUUCGGAGGGAGGGGACCUGAAGGCGAUAAACAUGGCGGCCAACACGUACAGAAUGACGGACCGAGACAUCACACGGAUGAUACAGCUUCGUGCCACCAACACGUCCAUCUUCACCGGGAAGAGGAACUCUGCUAUGAGAGGCUGGAGGGCGAUACGGAGAGAGAUGGGGCUCCAGGGGACCAUGACAGCCUGGCAGCUCAAGAAGAAGUGGGACAACCUGAAAGAGAAGUACAAGGUGAUGAAGAACCCUCCGGCGGGCAUGGAGAGCCUGACCCAGCCCAGCUCGUGGCGCUGGUUCCGGCUAAUGGACGAGGCGCUGAGCGGCCGCCUGGCGGGGACCGCCCCCGUGAUCGAGCCCUCGCCGCAGGACGAGGAUGACGAGGACGGCACCGCGCUGCCUCGGCUCAUUCUGCCCGACACGGGAGCAGCUUUUCCCGAGCUGAGUGUGGAUGAAAAGGGAACGUUGGAGGGCAUCGGGGCGCUCGGGGAGGGCCUGCGGCUCGCCGGAGCAGAAGCAUGCGGAGACAUCGAGGCGGCGAGCAGAACUGGAACGCCUGCGGAGGCGGACGCAGCCGGAGGAGACGGAGAUCGGUGUCAGCCGACCGUGAUGGAGAGUCACCCCGUGAUAAACACAAGCCAGCCCGGGUUACUGUACGCCACCUUACUGCCCAGCUGCACCGCCAUCAAGACGCCUUCCUCCUCCACGCACGCCGCUGCUGCUGCCCGUGAGUUGGACGAGAAGCGGGCGGAGCUGCAGGGAGAGUGGCGGGCUCUGGAGAGAGAGCAGGCCGAGUUCGAGAGAGAGCUGAUCGCUCUGGAGAGAGACAGAGAGCUGCUGAACAGAGACACGGCCGCUCUGGAGAGAGACAGGACGCUCAUAGAGAGAGACCGAGCGGUUCUGGACAGAGACCGGGCAUUUCUGGACAGAGACCGAGCGUUUCUGGACAGAGACCGAGCGGUUCUGGAGAGAGACCGAGCGGUUCUGGACAGAGACCGGGAGGAUUUAGAGAGAGAGCGAGCGCUGUGGAGGAGAGAGAGGGACGGGCCGGCUGCGGCCGCGGUGGACGGACAGCAGGCGGACAUGGCGACGGAAAAGGAAGUUGUGCUACGCACGCGGUUCUACCAGAGCCUGAUGGCAGCAGAUGUGGAUCCAGACCAGCGGGAGAGCAGACAGAGACUGGUGUCUCUGUUCCAGAAGCUGGUUGAGAAACUCUAAACCAGGACGUACUGUUGAGAUAAGAUAAAUGUGAUGAAAGGGGGUGUGUGUGUGUGUGUGUGUGUGUCUCUGUGUGUGUGUGUGUCUCUGUGUGUGUGU